AGAUCACUGCCUUAGGCCCAUCGCCACGACACGUUGGCUGCCUUCCUUUUUCUUCGGAAGGACGAAACAUUACCUAUUCAUCACUAUCUACGAUGCCUACGGAUUAGAACGGCUGUUCUGUUAAUCUAACAGCACCAACUACCUAUAUACGUCACACCACUCCACAAGCAACAAUGAGAUCCCUAAUAUUCUUCACGUUCAUACUCCUUCUAUCUCUCCUCUACGCCUCCCCCGCCUUCUCAUUCGGAUAUGGUUCCCCCCCCAAACCAGCCAAAAACGCCAUCCUCCUCUCCGACGUCAAAUCCCUAACCCUCCGAGUAAACCAACGCACCACCUCCCGCCGAGUCUCCCCAAUCCCCCAACUCACAUGUAUCGGCCCUUCAAAACGAGUAUGCAACCUAUACACCAUCGAUGCAAUGCGCUGCACAAACGCAGGCUCCGAGUACGACAAAGAAGAUAUCCAGUGGACCUGCACCGCGCCUCUCCCGCCAGAAUUCAAAUUGGGUUCUACGGAUGUUAUCUGUGAGGGAUACCGAGAUGCGGAUGAUAAGUGGGUGUUGAAGGGGAGUUGUGGGGUUGAGUAUCGAUUGCUGUUGACGGAGGCCGGGGAGGAGAAAUUUGGGGGGAUACGAGAUGAGAGCAAUCCGUUAAAUGCUGUGGGGAAUUCAAUUUUUUUUGGGUUUAUGGUGGCUGCUUUUAUCUUUAUCUUGUGGCCUGUGGUUUUGAGUUGCUUUGACAUUCGCAGAGAUCGUCCGGAUCAGCGUCGUGGUUGGGAAGGGUUCUGGGGAGGUGGGGGACCUGGCGGUGGUAAUGGUGGACCAUAUCCUGGGCCUCCACCGCCAUAUUCCAGAUACCCCGAACCCAGUCCUUCCCCGUCGGCUGGCGGUUGGAGACCAGGCUUCUGGACUGGCGCAAUAGGCGGCACUGCAGCUGGUUAUGAGAUGGGGAGAAGAAGUGAGAGGUAUGGCUCGCCUUUUGGUGGCCGACGGAUGGGCGCGAGAUAUGAUCGUGACCCUUGGGAAGGCAAUUCACGGACUCGUUCGUCGCCGGGAUUCUCAACUACUACAACGGGGACCGGGUUUGGGUCGACCAGGAGGAGGUGAAUGUGAGCAGGACUGUUUGACGAAGCAGUUUUGAUUUCAUUUUAGCUAAUUACUUGGUCAUAACGCAGCGACAGUCAAUGCAUAAACCAGCCAAUUAGAUAGAUAGGCAAUAAAACAUGCUGUGCAGUGUAAGAAUCAGGUAAAAUUCAAACCAUCCUCCAGAUAUAGUCAUCAGAUCCUAGAUCAUAUAACUCAAACCCCAUAAACGCCUUUCACAAAACGCCAAUUCAUUACUCAAUACAUUUUUGACCGUAUCAAGGAAAAUCGUCAAUCGAACCAACAACUUCUUCCGUCCCG